AUGGAGAAACCGUCUCUCACCGAGAGCACACACGAAUUGGAAACAGCAUGUGCAUCGGCGUCGCAUUCAACCCAUGACUUGAAGUCCGCCGAUGCGGAUUCGGAAAUGGCCACGGAUGUCAUGAACCCGCGAAACUGGACCCAAAGGCGAAAAACACUACUCUUCGUAUCUUUGAUGACUAGCUCACUCUUAGCUGAUGGGGCGAUGGUUUGGGGUGGCACGUUGGUUACUGAGCAGGCUAUGGACUGGGGUGUCAGUGUUACUCAUUCAGCGACUAGUAUGAACUAUGGGAUUCUGCUACAGGGGUUUGGGGGCAUUUUUGCUGUUCCACUUAUUGAAGCGUAUGGUCGUUUGCCGAUCUGGUUGUGGCCACAAGUUAUCACGAUGUUGAUGGUGCUGGGGGCGACACUUUCCAAUGACUGGUCGACAUUCACUACGUUCCGCUCUUUGCAGGGUCUUUUUGGAACAGUACCUCAAGUGAUCGGUCUACCGAUAAUUCAUGAUAUGUAUACUCCUGAAGAAUGGCCGCGAAUGAUUAACAUCUGGGGCACCACGUUCCUCGUCGGGCCGUUCCUCGGUCCCGCAAUCGCAGGAUACGUCAGCGCUGGAACAGACUGGCGCACUUCCUUCGGGGUUCUAACAGCCAUCUACGGCAUGUCCACGAUCAUGGUGAUUCUCUUUGGCUAUGAAACUUACUACAUGCCUGGAAAGACGUCUGGUCACUCACGUCUCGCAUCUCAUUUUGGGAUUGGAAACACCGGUCUUCCCAAAGUACCCACGUUGCUAUACUCUUGUCGAGAAGUUGUGACUUAUGUGUUAAGGUUCCCGUUGCUGAUGACUGGAAUGACUAUUCUGGUAACAUUUACAUGGCCAAUUGGUAUCACAACCACAAUCGAUACUUUCCUGCAUAGUCCUCCCUACCUCUUCGAUACCAUCGAAGCGUCAUCAAUGCGAUUUGCAGGCGUAAUCGGCGCCUUAUGCGGUUGGGCCGUGGGCCACUUCUUCAACGACUGGAUCUUCAAACGCCAUGCCUCAACCUGGCGAACGGGACUCCGUCUCCACGGGGUAUGGUUCCCGAUCGGCAGCAUGGCCUGCGGGCUUAUCACCUACGGGCUGACGAUGCAUUUUGGCAAACACUGGAUUGGCCUUGCCUUCGGAUGGAUCAUGGUAAAUAUUGGAAUGGUUGCGACGAUCGUUGCAAUUUCAGCAUAUGCAUUGGAAAAGUACCCCGAGCAAUCAACAUGCGUUUCAGCAAUUCUGAAUAUGUGGCGGACGUGUGGGGGAUUCGCAGUGGGUUAUUUCCAGCCACAAUGGAUCGUGCGUAAUGGUAUCGGACUUGUGUUUGGGAUCCAGGCUGUUAUUGUGGUUGUGGCUGCUGUUUUGACUAUUACUCCUGUUUUGAUGUGGGAGGCGAAAAGGCGGUUGCAGGCGUCUCAGGAU